AUGAAUACGCUCAAGAGCUUCAUUGGCCCACUGGCCGAAUCCGUAAAUGCGAAUUCUCUGCAAGAUACGAUGAAACUGGUAGUGAUAGGUGGGACUAUGGAAACUGCGCGAAGGCUCUCUGUCUCUGCAUGGAACGGAUUCGUAGACUCCUUCUUCCUCACGGCCACCUUCAACUCUGGGGAUAUCACCUUCGACUGGAUAAUGCAUUGGCUUUCGAAGCAACCGGCGUGGGGACGCAGCCGCGAAUUCGAGAUCACCACGCGGUCCGUGAAACGCAAUGGUCUCGAGCAAGCCACCACAGGAGACGUCGAGGAACCUGAGGAUGAGGUCGAGGAGUAUGACGAUGAUAUCGGCCGCCGCAAGCGUAAGAUCGCCUUCCUGCCCAGCGUCGACACUACGCAUACGAUCUAUUUCCGGGGGCAUCUGCUGCGGAUUACGCGCUCGAAAGGCUUCCAAGACUACGGACAUUACUCGUCUCUCAAGAUCAGUGUCGUCGCACGCAAUAACGACAUCUUGAAGCGCCUCGUUCUGGACGCGAAACGCGAAUACGAGAAAGAUGCAGAACACAGAGUACACAUCUUUAUGGCCGACACGACCUACACAUGCUGGCGCUGGAACGGCGCACGGCAGAAGAGGCCGAUGAGCUCCAUCGUUCUCGAGCCAGCCGUCAAGGAGAUGAUCCUGACCGACUGUAAAGAUUUCUUGCGGUCCGAAGAGUGGUAUGCGGAACGAGGAAUUCCAUUCCGUCGGGGGUACUUGCUUUACGGUGUACCUGGGAGCGGGAAGACCUCCUUGAUUCACUCUCUGGCCGGCGAGCUCAAUCUGGACAUCUACGUUGUCAGCUUAUCGUCGAAAGGAAUGAGCGACAAUACGUUAACGACUCUCAUGGGUUCGGUGCCACAACGGUGUAUCUUACUUCUCGAGGACCUCGACGCUGCGUUCACGCGCUCCUUGACUCGCGAUGACACCUCGACCGGUACACCCACGGUCGCCACCAAGCAAGCUUCCGAUGCAUCUGACGGCUCGACGCUCAGCUUGAGUGGCCUCCUGAACAGCCUGGACGGCGUGACUGCCGCUGAAGGCCGUCUUCUCUUCGCUACGACCAACCAUAUCGAUCGCUUGGAUAGCGCACUCAGCCGCCCCGGUCGCUUGGAUGUAUGGGUCAACUUCACGAACGCGACGCGCUGGCAGGCGGAGGGUAUCUUCAAGAACUUCUUCCCGAGCAAGGGUAAGAAACCGGCCGCGUCCGCGUUACCGGAACCCGCGCAAGAAGAGCCGUCGAAGGGCAAGGGAAAGCAGAAGGAGAGCGCGCCUGCCGCUAUCAAGACGAUCUCUGCGGCCAAGAGCAAGCAUGCCGUGCCUUCGCUCGAGGAGGAGGAGAUCGCCGAGCUCGCGAAACGCUUCGGCGAGGCGAUUCCCGAAGAUGAGCUGAGCGUGGCGAGCUUACAGGGGUACUUGCUCAAGAACAAGACGAGGCCCCGCGAGUGCGUGGAUGAGGUGGCCGCAUGGGUACAGAGCGAGCGCGAGACGCGGGAGAAGCUGAAGAAAGAGAAGGAACAGCGCGAAGCCGAAGAGAAGAAACAGGCCGAAGAGAUCGCGCGUAAAGAGAAGGAAGAGGCAGAAGCCAAGGAGAAGACGGAGCGCGAGGCGAAGAAGAAACUCGAACGCAAGAUGCGCAAGGCCGCAAAGGCGCAGGCUCAGGGCCAGGCGCCGACCCAGUCCGUAGUCUACGUACCCGUUCCGGCCAUGCCGCCCGGCAUGAUUGCCACGGGCCCGCUCACUCCUCCGCCGAGCGGUGUACCAACUCCGAUCGCGUCCGGCGCCGCCAGCGGCUACGAGUCGGACGGCUCGUCAGACUCGGAGUCCGAUACUCAGAGCCUUGCCACCGCGAACGAUGCUGAAUCGGACAACGAAGCGGCUCAGCCCAGGGAGAAGUGGGUGGAGGUCAGGACCACUGCUUCUCCCACGCCUGCGCCACAACACGCUGUUCCCGCUGCUGCCGCUCCCGCUGUCUGA